AUGCUUAACUCACGUUAUAGUGCGUCUAGGAAGCCGCGUACUGCUGUCGUAAUUGAUGACGAAGAUGAAUUGUAUACAGGUUUUAAUGAGGUGGCACCGGCUUUAGAUACACGGACACUCCACGAGGAUCAAGCGUUUCAGGAGGCGAUACGCACGGCUGGGAUUGGCAGGCAAAUGCCCAGCCGUAUGGGCACUGGAAUCUUCGGCAUCGGAACUGCCAGAGUGCGUGAUUCGUCGCGUGCAGGUACGGCGGCGCGACCCAUGACAGCACUCCGAGCUGCCGGGUACACGUCCGCGAACCGAGACACACCGCUGAAGGAUGAGCGCAGGGAAGACAGCGUUGAAGACAAAAUUAAGCAAAUGGAGUUGCGAAUAAUGGCAUUAGUUGAGGAAUCCUGUAUGUUGAGUUCCACACAAGAAUCUGAGGAAGAUAUACCAACUAAGAGAGAGUUCGACUUGGGUCAAGCUCUGGCAAAAGCGCAAGAGGCAUCAACUUUGGAACGUCAGUUAAUCCGCAUGCAAGAGCAGGCUAACUUGGGGGAUUCCCAUAACUUAGACCUUACAUUUGCAGUGUUGUGUAACUUGGCUGGCCAAUAUACGCUGAAUGAAAUGUAUACUGAGGCGCUGAAUACAUAUCAACUACUGACGAGGAACAAAGUAUUUCCUCACGCCAAUCGGCUCAAGGUUAACAUGGGCAACAUUUAUUUUAAAAUGGGCGAACAUCCAAAAGCGUUAAAAUUGUAUAGAAUGGCAUUAGAUCAAACGCCGACUGCUGAAAAAGAUUUAAGGAUGAAGGUAAUGCACAAUAUAGGACUACUCUUGGUCCGAAUGGGUAAAUUUCGUGAUGCCGUCACGAACUUUCAACAUAUAAUGCACGAACAGGGUGAUUUUCAAACAGGAUUACAUCUGGUGUUAUGUUCUGUUGCUUUGAACGAUCCAGAAGCGGGUAAGGCCGCGUUUCACUCAAUGUUAGACGUGGAGCCACCUACUUAUCAUCAGGACCUUCCUAUUGACGAUGAAAAUGACGCGUACGAGUGUGUGCUGCGCGACGUGUUACGCGGGGACCGACUGUCGCGGUGGUCGCGCCGGGCCGCGGCACACGCGGAGCGCUGCCUCGCGCUCGCCGUUGCCGCGCUCGCGCCCCUCGCCGGCCAUAACACCAGGGAUGAAGAUAUUAACAGCGCGUCGUGGUGCGCAGAGGCGCUGCGCGGCUACUCGGGCGGCGGUGCAGGCGCACGGUUGGAGCUGGGUGCAGCACUUGCAGCGCUACGCACGGCCGCUGGCCCGGGCGGUGGCUCCGCGCUGGCAGUCGGCGCUCGCGCGCUGCAGCGCUUGAAAGCGGUUGCCCGCGCGUACCACGACGACCGUGUAUUGCGGGCCGAGGCUGCCGCUGACGCUGCUUUUGUCGCUUACGCGUUGGGCAAAUGGUCGGAAGCAAAAUCGCUGAGCGAAACGGCGGCACGUGAUGAUCCAUAUUCAUGCACAGCCCGUGUGACCAGUGCGUUGGCCGACUUGGCAGCUGCUCGUGCGGCCAACAAUGUGGAAAACCUGCCUGAUAUCGCAACAGAUGUUGCCCGGCGUCUUGUCGCCGCCAGUCACCUUGAUCCUGCUGAUCUUGUUGCCAUGCACGAUUUAGCGCUGUGCAUGGAGUGGAGCGGCGAGGCGGCGGGCGCGGAGGCGCGCUGGCAACGCGUGCGCGCGGCGCCGGGCGCGGGCGCCACGCUGCGCGCGCUCGCCGCCGCCGGCCUCGCCCGCCUCGCGCACCCCGCGCACCCCUCGCACGCAGCCGACUCCGGCGAUCCCGCCGACCCCGCCGCCGCGGAUCACUGGUACAGCAUGAUCGGCAGCUGGGACGCAGGUGUGACCUGUGCUCUCGCACAACUGCACAAUGAAAUAGGUGAUGCUCAGACUGCGAAACAUCAUUAUCAGGACGUGGAGGCAGUUUGGCCAUGUGAAUUGUCAGCUUUGCAGUGGUUGGCGAGCGAAACGGGGCCGGAAGAAGCUCUGCGCUACUACCGGAGAGCAGCGAGGCUGCAACCUUCAAACCCACAAUGGGGUUUGCUGAUGGGUGGCUGCCUGCGUGCUAGUGGAAAGUAUCAAGAAGCUCUCGCGUUAUAUAAGAAACUCAAUGCACGGUUCCCCGACAAUGUCCAGUGUUUGAAACUCAUCGUAAAGUUGUGUGGAGACCAAGGACUGUCAGAGACGACGACUUGGACAAGAGAAUUACAGCGGGCGCAGGCCAGGCUCAAGCAACAAGAACGAGUGGCCACGGCGUCGGCCGGAAGCGGUUCAUCCGGUGCAAGCCAGUCGCCAAUAGAUCUAAUUAGAGGUGGGUCUCGCAAUGAAAGAACAACACGAUCGCGGCAGUCUAACGACGGACGGGGAGACAGUGCUACCGCACAGACAAACGUGUAUCCGAGUGAAGACGUCGAUACGGCAUACGGCUAUCAGCCUGUCAGCCGUUCCAUCCAUCAACUUGAAAGAAAAAAGAAGGCAGAUGACUUUGAUGACGACCUUCCUCUACCACCAGAGUAG